GAAUUCUGCCAGCCUGGUUCUAAGUAUUGGCAGUAGUGAUGGCAACACACAGAAGCAGCUGUACAGCCUACUUGCGACCUUCGCUGGUGUCCUCCAGUCUUGACUCACCUCACUUCAGUUCACAUAUGAAGACAUUAGAAACUGCCCUGCAGCACAUCAAGCUCCUCACAGCAACGUAGUCUGCGAGUUUCUUAACAAGGAGGCCUAGUUUUCAGUGUACUGAGACUCCUGCAGGCAUUGUUUGUUUACUGGGGAAAAAUGUGUCACUUCGUUAUGCUUUGGGCUGUUAUUAUCUCGACAGCAGUAUUGGCGUCAAAGUUGGACGAGACAGCUGCAUACAAACAUUAUUUGUACACCGGAGCACAGAACAGCAAUCCAGUCUGGGGCAGUUCACCAGAUGUAGUUUCUUCAAGGCCAGAAUCGCGACCGUCCAGAGCUUCAAAUUUGAUAUUCAACGAAAACCUCUUCUGGAAUCCGGAUUUAUUUUAUCAAAGCAGGCCUGCAAAUCAUGGGCCACAAACCGGCAUCAAUGCAAACAAUUUCCGACCUCAGGGGCAGAGACAGAUUUUGGGUGCGGCUGGUGACAGAUUUUCACAUCCAUCGCAACAAAAUUCUUUUGCCAGGCGACCACAACUAGGAAACAAUGACAACAACAGACCAAACUUGGUUCUGCCUCCCGGUGCAGACGACCCUGAUGACAUCUUUAUAUUUGAUAGACCAGCUUCACCAAGGCCAAGACCCGAUGGGAAUGAAACGCCCUUGACGACACCUUCAGCUUCCACAACGACAGCGGUCGAGUGUGAUUGCCCGUCAACGCAAGAGUUCAAUCCGGUUUGCGGUACAGAUGGAAUCACGUACACGAAUCCUGGAACGAUAAAGUGCGCCAUUUUCUGUGGAACAGAUGUCAGUCUGAAAUAUUACGGCUCUUGUGUGUCGACUUCUACGUCAGCUCCGACGUCUUCAGCGUCGCCGCCCAUCGCCAGUCCUUCACAGCGAUGAAAAGAAUUUGCUGUUUUUAAAACAUUGUGUUCGACUUUAAAUUAUCUUAAUAUUCACCUCUGAGAAUAUAAAAUGUAAUACAUUUUGAAUAUGUUGAGAACUGGGUCACUUAUGAAGAGAAAAUUACGGUAUAAGUGCAA